AUGUUCACCCUUCAAGCACUUCAACUUGCCUCCAUGUGCACCCUCGUGUACGGACAUGGCUACCUUAGUAAGCCCAUGAGCCGAACCGGUCUUAACGCUGAGGCCGGCCCAGAUACAUGCCCCGAGUGCACUAUCCUCGAGCCUGUCACCGCCUGGCCAGACCUUGACGCCGCCAAAGUCGGUCGAUCUGGCCCUUGCGGCUACAAUGCCCGAGUCAGCGUCGACUACAACCGGCCCGGCGCCAACUGGGGCAAACAACCCAUCGCCACCUACAAGCCCGGCCAAGUUGUCGAUGUCCAAUGGUGCGUUGAUAAUAACGGCGACCAUGGAGGCAUGUACGCCUACCGUAUCUGUCAAGACCAAGACAUCGUCGACAAGUUUCUUGACCCAAACUACAUCCCCACCGAAGCUGAGAAGCAAGCUGCUGAAGAUUGUUUCGAGGAAGGACUUCUUCCCUGCACUGACGUUAAUGGCCAGGAGUGUGGUUACAGUCCUGACUGUUCUGCUGAUCAGCCAUGUCAUCGCAACGAUUGGUUCACUUGCAAGUCUUUCGAUGGCAACUCGGAUGGCAAGGGUUGCCGUGGUGUUGACAAUGCGCCGAUUAACUCGUGCUACACCUCUAUUGCUGGUGGCUAUACUGUGUCUGGCAAGAUCAAGAUCCCAGACUAUGUCUCGAACCAUACCCUUCUGUCAUUCAAGUGGAACGCGUUCCAGACCCCCCAGGUUUACUUAACUUGUGCUGAUAUCGCGAUCUCGGCUUGA